AUGUCAGUUGUAUUAUUCCAGAGGUUUGGAGGGACAGCAUUAAUGUUGUCUGCCGAGGGAGGACACCUGGAGGUCUGUAGACUCCUCAUUGAUAGAGGAUGUAAGAUCGACAUCACAGCAGUUACUGGUGGAUGGACAGCAUUAAUGUUGUCUGCCGAGGGAGGACACCUGGAGAUCUGUAAACUUCUCAUUGAUAGAGGAUGUAAGAUCGACAUCACAAAUAACAGUGGAUACACAGCUUUACAUUUGGCUGCUCGGCAGGGAUAUCUACAGAUCACAAAAUGUCUGGUAGAACAAGGAGGUGCCAGUCCCUUGGUUACAACACAUGAGGGUAAAACUCCAUAUGAUCUGGCAGCAGCAGAACUGAAGUUUAAUCCAAGGUACAAAGAAUUAGUGGAAUACUUGCAGAAUAUCCGUGAUAUAUCAGAAUCCAUUUUGACCAAACUCACACAGUUGAAUAAAGAUGACUUCCAGGAUCUUGUAGCUCUAGGAACAUUUUCUUCCUACGAAAACAGGGUGUUUUUGGCUGGUCCUUGCAACAUUGGGAAAUCUUCGCUAGCAAGUAUUUUAAUUGAUGAGGCAAUUCCAAAGACAUGGUAUUCAACAGAUGGACUAGUUAUUCAUUUUGGUAGAAAUGGCAUAGACCUAAAACACCGAAAAAUGAUUCCAUUGAAAAAAGGUAGUGGUGAUAUUUUAACAAAACUUCUACUUGGAAAUCCUGAAUUAAAAGAACAACAAAGACGUUCUGUCGAAUCCCAAAUACAGCAGAAUGUUGAUAAAAAUAUAGAUAAAGUCCAAGGUGAUCCUACAUCAAAUCUUACAACAAAUGCAUCUAAGUUAAAUCCAUCUAAUAUGGAUAACCAUCCACCAAAACAGCAAGGACAAAAAAACAAAGCAGCACCUGAAAUGAUCUCUUCUGAUAGACAACAACAAAUUUCUACUCAAACCUCUCAGAAGACUUUAAAAGGUUUCCACGAACAGCCAAGUCAUACUGCUCAUUCUAUACAAGAUGAUUUAAUGGAGAAGAUUAAGGAAGGAACUUAUAUCAUGAAAAUAGCACCUUCGGAUUUGGUCGAUUUCGGUGGGCAAAGAUCGUUUGAUAUGACUCAUCAGUUAUUUAUCCAGCACAGGGGGACGUUCAUUCUGAUGUUUGAUGGACGUUUGGGCCUUUAUACAGAGUUGGAAGAAUACCCACAAGGAGACGUUACAGCUGCAUCCAUUCUUGUGCAUUGGAUUAACUCUAUAUUGACUUACUGUACAAAAAGUGAUGACAAAAUGCCACGAAUUGUGUUUGCUGCUACCCAUAGUGAUAGCUUCUCUGAGAAUGAGAAAAAGAAAUUAGUCGUAACAUUCCAAGAAGAGCUGACACGAAUGUUUUCCUCACACAAGCUUCAUGAGCAUAUCCUGUACGACAAAGUUUUUUUCAUCAAUGCAACGGAUGAAUCAGACGAAGAAAUUGGUCGUUUGAAGGAUAAAUUAGUUGACAUAGCAUUCCAGCAGUCAACAUGGGGACAGCAAAUGCCGAUUGUUUGGGUGCCUCUUGAUUUACAGAUAUCUGAUAUGAGAACAGAUGGAGUAAAAUUGAUAACAAAAGAAAAGCUUCUAGAGAUGAACAAAUACAAUGAGGAAUUUGCUCUCAGUGAAAGAAGAGUUGAAGACUUCUUACUCGUUCAACACUCGAUAGGAAAGCUGUUGUAUUUUGAUGAACCUGCUUUAACAGAUUUCAUUGUCAUCCAACCUUCUGCAAUGGUCAAUAUCCUGAGAGCCUUCAUCACAGACAGAAUGUUUUGGCCAGAGAAUGGUCCCAUUCGAAACAUACUAGAAAAUUUAUCAUCUUCUGGAGUUCUAACGAAGACAGAUCUUUUUACGCUGUGGUUACAACCAGCUUUUAAGGACAUUUUGAUGAACGACAGAAUGCAAGAAUAUGUAGUGCAGGUCCUCCUGCACCUUGAUAUCCUUGUAGAACCUAAACACUACGCUGGGAAAGAUGUAGUUGCAGAUUUAUAUCUAGUCCCAUGCAUUGUGGCCUCGAAAUUUCCACCACAAAUCCAGAAUGCUGCAAAAGAUGACAGAACUAUAUGCAUAGCCUAUAAUCUAAAGGAGACAGUGGUUCCAUCUGCUUUGUCGUUCAAGCUUAUAGGGGCUGCAAUCAGCAUUUGGCCUCUGAAAGUAGUUGAUGCUCGUUAUUGCCUUUAUUAUCAAGCUGCAGUUAUGGAUACUGAUACCAGAAAUGAACUUCAAAUUCAUGUGAAAGGGCACAGAAUUGUUGCAUACCUCGUUAAUGACACGUCAAAACAUCUCAUUUCACCAGAUCUAGCAACAACGAUACAGGAAUGCUUGACAUUGGCACUAGGACGAAUUCUUAACUUUUAUGGUCAUUGUUUUGGUAGACAAAAUCACAAUGUAACGUCAGACCUUUUCGAAAUAGAAGUUGGAGAAUUAUGCAAAGGUGAAACCUGUUUAAUUCCUUUGUCAGAUGCGAAAAUGAAAGCACAUUGGAUAUGCAAAAAUGGGAUAAUGCACAACACGAAAUUUCCCCUGAAUUGGAAUGUUGAUAAGAAUAAGAAGCAGUGUGACUCAAAUUGUAAAGGUCUUGAAACAGAAACACAACUUUUGACACCAGAUGAUCAACAUUUCGUGCAACUAGCAAGAACAAUAGGUAUUGGAGACUUCUACAACUUCUUCAUUGAACUUGGAAUGGAUAAAGCCGACUAUGACAACUUAAAUUUUCGAUAUUUCUCAAAUCCUAUGGAUUUUAUGUUGAUGGGACUGUUUGAAUGGCGGGAUAAAACAGAAAGUGACCAAUUGACAGCAACAUUUGGGAAACUUCAGAAGGCACUGACAGCUAUUGAAAGACAACACUAUCUGUGUCAGAUACACAGAGAGGAUCAUACUUUAGUGGAACAAGCUCAUAGCCGCCUACAAGAUGUUCCGUCAGAUGAUGUAAUUAAUGCUUUGAUAGAUAAGAACCUGAUUGGUGAUUGCGUUGUUCACUUAGGAGUUGAAUUGUGUCUGAGCAUUGGGGAUAUUAAGAAGACUUUAUACAAUUUUCCUAGGGAUUUGAAUGGUCAAGUUCUUGAUCUUCUCACCAAAUGGAAGAUUUGCAAUGAAAUAAAGAUGGUGAAACCAACAAUCUACCGACUUAUGGUAGCUUUAAAACAUAUUAAAGCAGCUAAAGGACUUAGUUAUGUGAAGAAAACAUAUGGUGUAGAGUAACACUUUAUAUGUUGUAUUAUGUGUAAAAGAAGAUAACAAAAAAUGUGUAAGUGUAGUAAACAAAGAUGACGGGUACAACCUAGUCUAUUGAUUCAAAGAUAGUAGCUAGUAGUAAAUUUAU